CAACAAAGCGAAUACCCAAGUAAAUCGAAGUUAAAAUGGCCGACUCAGCACCAGUAGUAGCAGCAGCUCCAGUAGCCGCAUCACCAGCCGCCAAAAAACCAAAGGCACCAAAAGCCAAGAAACCAGCAUCGAAACCAACCCAUGCACCAACCGCCACUUUGGUCAACGACGCAAUCAAAGCAUUGAAAGAACGCGGUGGUUCAUCGGUUCAGGCAAUCAAAAAGUACAUUGCUGCCAACAACAAGGUCGAUGCCGAGAAAUUGGCUCCAUUCAUCAAGAAAUACUUGAAGGGUGCUGUCGUCAAGGGACAACUGAUCCAAACCAAAGGCAAAGGCGCAUCUGGUUCAUUCAAAUUGUCAGCCGCUGCUCUUAAGCCAAAGGUCGAGAAGAAGAAGCCAGUGAAGAAGGCUGUCAAACCGACGAAACCAAAGGCAGCAAAGAAACCAGCCGCCAAAAAAGACGGAGCCAAGAAGAAGCCAGUUGCAAAGAAAGCCGCUUCAGCCACCGCUAAAGUAGCAAAGAAAGCCGGUACACCAAAAGUGAAAUCGGUCAAACCAAAGGUGAAGGCUCCAUCAAAGCAAAAGGCAACCAAACCAUCCAAAUCGGCUGCCCCAAAGAAGCCAAAGACACCAAAACCGAAAACAGUCAAGAAACCAGUUGCAGCCAAAAAACCAAAGGUUGCCAAAGCACCAAAAGCUUAAAUGACUUGUCAUUUAACUUCAGUCGAAGAUUCUUCAAAUUAUCAACUCGAUAUUCGAGAGAAAAAAACAGCCCUUAUUAGGGCUACCACAUAAUUUCUUAUAAAGAAUUCGUAAAAAAUCAUUACACAUUUUCUUUUACAUAGUAAUUCAUUAUUUUAUUUAUUGACAUUAUACAACUUCGCAUAAUAAAAUGUGUAAUUCAAUUUGCGUAGAAGGCACCAAUACAAUAUAAAGGUGGAUUUUGUUUGGUUUCAAUUUUGUAAAGAUUUAUGUCUUAAGUAUGGAAAGUAUGGCAUAUGAACAAGAGCAAUAUAUUCACCAUAAUCGUU